AUGGAUACCUGUGCGAGCAGGACUAAGAUCAGGGUUGAGGGAUUCAACACUUCCUCUGAUCGCCUUGUGCUCUUAAGGGCCUUGAAAGAUCUCUUUGAAACGUGUGGAGAAGUGAAGAACAUUGAGAUCAGGGUAGAUCCGGUGUCAAAACUCAUCAGGUCUUGCCUUGUUAUCCUUCUAGGAGAAGGUGCCAAAGAGAAAGCUUUACUUCUCAACGGUAGCCAAGUUGGAGGAAGGAAGCUGACUCUCUCAGCAGUUGAGCUACAUCAGGUCGAGCUGCCAAGUUCGAGCGAAAUCAUAUCCGUAACUGGAUAUGACCCUUCUCUUCCUCAAGAAGAUCUCGAGAGUGUUUUGUGGAAGCACUUCGCUGCGUGUGGUGAAAUCACGGAAAUCACCUACCGAGUCAGCUCUGUCCUCGUCCACCUGUAUGGGCUAGGCUCCCUACAACGAGCUGUCCAACUGAAUGGAACCGACCUCGGAGGAGGUUUCACGCUGACCGUCGAAGCCAUGCCCUAUCCGAAGCGUGAAAAAGCCGAAGCCGAGUACGCAAUCCCAGAUGACAUAACUAAAACACUUUAUUAA